CACUCAGAGUGACACAGAUACACAUGUACAUGUACAAGUGUUAGUUCCUCAGCUCAAACCAGUCUGCUUAUUAAUGAGUUCAGACUAACUUACUGUAGGACAACACCUCUGAUUGAUAACUCAUUGGAGACAUUGGAUUAUAGUAAACAUCAAGCAAAACAUCAUUAACAGGUGCUGAAUUCUCCUGACUGACUGCAGGCUGAAGAAGCUGUAUUUAUGGCUCAAUAUGAUCAACUUGAGGACAAAGAUUCGCUGGAUAUUCAUGAUAACCCUCCAGCUCCAGACAAUGUUGUAAAGGAGGAUGACAACACUGUUUAUUUUGUGUAUGAUGAAGAGGUGGAGGAAGAAGAGGCCCCUCCCCCUCCGACCCCUGAGCCUGUAAUUCAGAUCAAUGACAGGCCACACAAGUUUAAAGACCACUACUGCAAGAAACCCAAGUUUUGUGACGUCUGUGCACGAAUGAUUGUCCUCAAUAAUAAAUUUGCCUUGCGCUGUAAAAACUGCAAGACCAACAUUCACCACUCGUGCCAAUCAUAUGUGCAGUUCCAGAGAUGCUUUGGCAAAAUACCUCCUGGAUUUAGACGGGCAUACAGCUCUCCUCUCUACGAUCAAGAGAUCAAUAACCCUGGUCAGCAGAACCGCACUGAUCCGGUGUUUGAAACACUGAGAGUGGGUGUGAUCAUGGCCAAUAAAGAGAGGAAGAAAGGCUCUGAGGACAAAAAGAAUAUGAUGAUGAUGAUGAUGGAGGAGGAGGAAGCUCAACAACCGAAGGAGGAUGAAGAGGUUGCUGAAGGAAAGCAAGAUGGAGACAAGAAAGACAAAACAGCAGCAGAUGACAAGAACAAGAAGCAGCAGCAGACGUUCAGUCAGUCUCACUAUUACAUGGCUCUGUAUCGCUUUAAAGCCAUCGAGAAAGAUGACCUGGACUUCCAUCCAGGAGAUCGCAUCACAGUGCUGGAUGACUCCAAUGAGGAGUGGUGGAGGGGUAAGAUUGGGGAGAAGACAGGAUACUUGCCCAUGAAUUACAUCAUCAGGGUGCGAGCCGGUGAGAGGGUGUAUAAAGUGACGCGCUCCUUUGUUGGAAACAGAGAGAUGGGCCAGAUUACCCUGAAGAAAGAUCAGAUUGUGGUGAAGAAAGGAGAAGAGGUGAAUGGAUAUCUGAAGGUCAGCACUGGCCGCAAACUGGGCUUCUUCCCUGCCGACCUGCUACAGGAGAUCUGAAUGACGGAGAUUUAAUCCUGAAGAAAAUAAGUAAAGCAGAAGAGGAAUAAAUAAACAAGACAUGACAAGAAAGACAACAAUAUCUGACCUCACUGUCACUUUGACAGAAAUAUGAACGUGUGCAUAUACAUAGGGUCUAAAUUUGACACUCACCAAGCACUAUAUAUGAAUACAAAAGAUCUUUACUCAGAAUAAAGUAAAAACAAAGUUGCUCACCCACUGAGCAGUCAUUUUAUAGAAACGUAACACACAAAUCCACACUGCAAGAAUAAUAGUCUAAUCCUAACUGAGUGACAAUAACUGAUCUGAUCACAAUGCUAUAUUUUAUUUAGAAAAGGUUUUAAUUGUGGCAAUACUAACAUUGACCUCAGUAAGUGAGCAAAAACUAAAUCAUGGAGACUGGCUAAUCUCAGAUGCCAGUGGUUUUUAACCCUGUUCUUGGAGCAAACAUUUUACAUUUCUACUUAGAAACGAGUUGAAAACCACUGUCAUAGGUUAUAUGAUUAAAUGACACAACAAAAUGAUCUGCUUCUGUUGCUCCUUCUGAUGAAUAUUUUUGACAGUUUUAGUAAUUUCUGUGAGGGCAAAUCUCAACGCUACACCAUACAAUGACCUUCUAGAGAACUGUGACCUUGUCGGAACAGCUUGGGCAACAGACUUUUCUGCAUUAGCAUAAGUUCCUCUAAACAAAGUGAGUGACUAAUGAAAUGCUUUACUGAGGUGUGAAAGAACUUGAGUGCUGAGCCCUGCUGAACACCUUUGAGUCAUUCUGGAAUGAAAAUGACCCUCCUAAAGCGGCAAAGAUGGAAGUACACAUUUACCUGAAAUUGUGUUACAUAGCACUGGAAUUGAUGGAAUAGGCAACCCUCUCAAUUAUAUUAUUUCAUUGCUCUGAAUAUCUGGAAGUAAUUGGCAUAAUGGGUGAAACUGCUUUUAACGCAUUUAAGGUCCCCAUAAAGGACAAAUGGGAUCAUUGAUUCAAAUUCUGUAAAUAUACCUGGCUCAAGCUAAAUUGCUGAAUUUGGCAAAUAAUAGGUAUGUCCUUGUUCAGUUUGUGAACCAGUGUUUUUGGGGUGUGUAUCAAGGAGGCGUACAGUGCAGUGUCUAUUCAUUAGCAUUUCCUUUCAUCUCAAUGACAGGUGCUCAACUGGACACAAUCAUAAAUGUUAUGUGAUUUAUCAAUUUAAGAAUGAACAUAAAAACAAAUCUAUUAUAAUUUUAGUCUAGCUCUCAGAAAAGAAAUAAAUAGAAAUUACAGUUGUGUAUUAUAAUAGAUGUAGAAAUGAUAUUCCUUGCAAAUGGUAAAAAUGAUUUUAAAUAAUACAACCUGAUUAGCCAUUUGGUUAUCGUAGGAGUGUGCAUAAAAUAUGCACCAAAAUGUAGUAAGAAAGGAAAUGUAAAGUUUUCAUUUCUCAUAAUGACAAUGUAUCUUUCCUGUCAAUAAAAACCUAAAAUACAAUUGAGGAGUCAAAAAAUAAA